UUUCCACAUUCUCAUCACGUCCUGCACGUCGUAUCGGCUGGAUCGUAUGUAGGAAUUUGGGUUACAUCGGCCAAGGAUUAGAUAGGCAGCGCGGUUGAAAGUAGACGAUUCCUUUAGGUAGCUUGGCUGCUUGGGUACCAACAUCCAAUAAGCUAUAUGCGCUACCGCCAGAUACCACCUCGCCGCAAUCAAUUCCCCUUUUAAGAUUAUAUUAUAUAGGUGUUGGCGAUUAUCAUCCAAUAGGAUACCAGACGAAGAACGCUUACCAUUCCAUCGGAACCACCACAAGCGCAGGAUAUGAGACUCGACAUACGGGCCGUACUAAUGAUUUCGCCUUCCGAUAUGAAGGGGCACAAGGCUACGGCACAUAUAAAUGUAUGAGCUUCUCGCACACCAACAUAAUCGAAAUUACCGUUGUUACACCACAUAACGGCAGAGUUAUGUAACGACGAACAAGCCGAUGCCAGGCGCAAUGUCGCUCAAGGCUAUUGUCACACCAGCUUCAGACCCCGACCUAGUCCGUAUGCGGGAUACGGCCGACCUACAGCGUAGUUCGAUACUUUUCGGAAGGCUGCCUUUGGAAAUUCGGGAUAUGAUCUACGCUGAAUGUUGGAAAGUGUCGGGACUCAGCCAGCACGUAUUCAUGCAACAUGGUCAUCUGACGCAUUCGCCAUGUGUUUUGACUACCAACGAAGUCGAUGAAAGGCUGGAGGAGCUUCAGAUGAUGGUAGAGAAUCAAGGAAUUCCGCGGGGAUCACGCACUCGUACUUUAGGUGUAAGUGACAAGUGGACCUCGAGGUUUUCCUCUCCUUGGCAUGAACAUUGGCGGUGCGAAGAGGAAAUGAAGGCGGUCGCCGACACUAAGGAUACAUGCUACGGCUACCGACGACCUAGGCGCGCUCUUUUCUUGCCUAUCCUCCUGACUUGCAAAAGAACGUAUCUCGAGGCUCGACCCAGCCUAUACAAGUCCGUGACCCUUGUGUUCACAGACCUACCCGCAGCACACGUGUGCCUAGCUCGAUCCCCCUUUACUACAACCUCACAACUACGUUCUCUAGCUUUCUCGCUAGUUCUCCCCUUCGAAACCCUGCACCAGCAUCGCCUACACCUCAACCCCUCUACGCCCGCAGGUCCUUGGGCAGAAUUGUGCACGUUAUUGUCGGAUCUUGUUCGCUUCGCCGCCCUGCGCGACGUCACUAUCCGACUUGGUAUUUCCUCUAAUUCCGCCGGAGACGUUCAUUGUAUGCAUAAGAGCGAUGCUCCAAAUAGCGGUCACGAGGCUCCGGAAGUAAGAUCUUGGUGGCAGGUACGAGAGCGAUGGGUCUUAAGCGCGGUCCGUGGGAUGCUGGCGCGACAUCUCGUCGUGCAACUCCCGAGUGUCGAACCUACGUACCGCCGCCCGGAGUGGUCGAGGCCGUAUAACUAUCCCGAGGUGAACGGCGAUGGGAAUGGGAAGGGUGGAGUUGUGCCGUUCCGCCGACUUGAGCGUUAUGCUGUGCUACCGCCUAUGCUGUUUUGCAAGGAUGGGCGUGUUGAGGUUCAUGUGGAUUCAUCACGUUCACCUCCGCCUUCUUCUUCUUUUUCUAUUACUUCUUUUACGAGGGGCCCGGGACGUUCGCGCGACACUUCUAUAGCCGCCACUUCUGAUUUGGAGGAUACAGGCAAAGACGGAAAGAGAGUAACACUGCUCAGGCUAAGUGAAACCGUAAAGGUGUUAAUAAGCAGCCUUAGGCCUAGAGAGACCUGCUGAGCUGUCUGGAAGACGUAAAUACUGGGAAUACGUAGAAAUCCACCAAUUAAUGUCAACCUGUGUACCUACCUAAUUAAAUAGCAAAAAUACAGAUAGCUAGAGUGAAAGAGUGUGCGCGGAUAAUUUUCGAAGCACACAUUUAAAUAAGGAAAUCUAAAUAACUAUUGUACCGAGAUAUUCUAAGUUUCCCAAUAUGAUUCUAAUGUAUGACAAAAUAAUAAAACACGCCAACCUCCUAACAAAUUGUAUCGUCUACCUAGGUAUCUGUACUGGGAUUCGUUCAAGUCAUAACAGGUGAAGGGGAGAGA